AUGCCAGAGAGCUCUGACAAGUCAAUACAUCUACCUCCCCUGGAGCACCCGGAGGACGCGACACCAGCACAAGAAAUGGAUGUGCACUCUGGUAAUGCAUUGUCAAACGGCAACGGUGAUGUCAAGAGGGAUAAAGAAGGCGCGGGUGAGAGGCCGGCGCCGCGUCCGCGGGUUAUCCUAAAGGUUACCAUCACGAACAUCUAUGAUGAGGCCCCGCCCUCGCUUUUACCCUCAGCCACUUCCUCAACAACAGGUGCACGUCGGUGUACCGCCGGUGCGAUAUUUGUGGCAAGUGUAUCGCUCAUUUUCAGGCCUCUGUAUUGGCUAUACCGUAUUCUGAAGUGGAUGUUGUGGGUAUUCUUUUGGGGGGUGACGUGGACGCUGUUGUUUAUGAUACUGGCAGCCUUUUUUGACGUCUCCAAGUCUCGAUAUGAUACCAACAGGGAUGGAUAA